AUGCAACCGAAACGCUCGGACAUGAAUCUGGAUACGCAACCCAUGCCCGAAGAACUGUACGGCAAACCUGAAUCAGCGUGGACCAAGUCGCCGUCGAAACAGGAAGGAACAGCCGAAGCUGAUGAACGCGUAUCGACGCGGCCACCACCGGUUCAGCACGAACAAGAGGGCGCUGCUGUGGCUUCUCCCCCAUCUGUGCCUGCGACCGUGUUACCCUCUCUUCCUGUGAAAGCCGAGACGGCCGGUCCCGAGGAUACGUCAGUCCACCAGGAGACCGUGAAACAAGAUGUACUAGCCAAUAUCCCAGUCUUGCCGGCCCAGCCGGUGGUUGCCAUGAUAGAGCUUGAUUCGAUGACGUCGAUGGAAGUGGAAGCAAAGUUGCCGACCAGCGAUGGGCCUGUGACAGAGCAUACUGAAGCAGCGCCUGAGCCGCGUUCGACUGCCAAAGCAGAAAGUGUACCCAUCGCUGCGCCAGAAGACAGCGAUGUGAUAGACGCUUCGAUGAUGACAGAUAUGUCGAUUGCAACAGCAGCCGAGUCGGAAGUUGACCCUGACAUGACGGCAGAGGUCGACGUGGAGGCCGACGAAAAGCAGGCCGCGAUCCAGUCGAUGGCGACACAGCUGGUUGCUCGCUUUCCCCUCACGCCGAUGGACAUGCAUACGCUUACGAGUGCCUCCCAGUGUGUUGCGGCGUCCGUGUCGACGCCCGUGUGCCUAACGACGACCAAGUCAAGAAGCGAGGACGAUAAGGCGUCUGUUCCGUUGGACACGAUGCAAGCCUACUUGCAGACCCGUCUGAAAGACGAUGCCGACGCACGUGCAGCGAAGAUGGCGGCGCUGCGAGACGAGUACCGCGAGAAGAACAGGGCAUGGCUUAAGAACUGCGCCAAGCUGGACCGCAUAUAUGAACGACGAGAACUCCAGCGACGUGCGUCACAGGGCCUUGGUGACGAUACCUCGCCGAUGACCAGCAGUGCUAGUGCGUUGUCCGUGACGCCUAUGCCCACCUCGCGGAGUUUCCGCCGUGGUGGGUUCGGAUCCAGUGGGUUCGGCGAUGCUGUUCGUUCGGAAGCUGAGUUCCAGGAGAUUCUAGCUUCCUUGGAGAAUGCAGAGAUGCAAGACCCUGCAGCACGCGCGGCCCGGACGGCUGCCGCUGUACCGGACAUGGAGCUUCAAGGACGACCUGUCUACGACGAUGAUCAAGGGUACGUCGCAGACCCUGUCUCGUUUUACUUUACCGAUUUUGACCCGGACGUGUGGAGUGAGGAAGAAAAGGCCAUCUUUACGAAGCGCUACUUGCAGUACCCCAAACAGUUUGGCCGUAUCGCUGAGAAGCUGCCGCACAAAUCCGUGCAGCAAUGCGUCGCGUUUUACUACCUACAUAAGCACGAAGAAGGGUACAAGGCUAUGCUCACAGCGCGUCAUCGUGAGCGUCGGAAAAAGGGCGGGAAGACGCGCUCAAAGAAGGCACGUGGGAAUGCCCUUAUGGCCGACAUCGAGGCGACGUCAACCACCGUCACGGCCAAGGCCACGAGUACGACCACGCCUCCUAUACCCUCACCUCCUACGGCACCGCUCGAUAGUGCUGCGAUGACCGAGGAAGAAGAGAAGCCAACGACGCCCAACGCCCGACGGCCAAAGCCCGCAGCGAGCACGAAGCCACCACAAAGUAGUCAGGUCGCUACGCCUACUCCUACGGCUUUGCCUGAGUCGAAAACAGAUAACAUACUGUCCGCCUCCAUCAUGUCGACCGAAGCCUUGCGCACGAUGGCGACCUCGGACCCAGCAUUGGAGCGCGACUUGGCUGCGGCUGAGGCCCUAGAAGCGCUUGCGAGUUUGGCUAUGCCGAUGCGCACGGAAACGAAGAAACGUAAGCCCAAGGCGCGCGAUGGCGAAGAGCCCAAGUCGCGAUCUCGUGGACCGCAUUGGUCAAUGACGGAACGCGCUGAUUUUUUGCGUCUGUUGGCUAUCUAUGGCAAGGACUGGCAUGCUCUCUCGGCCUCGUUCCCGGCAAAGACCCCGGCACAGACGCGCAACUUCUUUGCGCGGCAUGCCAGCGAAAAUAGCCACUUUCAGGAAGCUGCAGCGCUGGCACAGGCCAACGCCAAUCGUCCAUGGGCCGACAAGGUUGAAGCGGCGCAUGCGUUUGUGCGUGCGUGGUACGAUACAUUGCCGCCAGGUGCCAACAAGGACUCGAUUACCAACUGGCCGUGCCCAGGUACGCAAACGCCGCCCCCUCCGCCGCCCAACCCUGUGCCGCCGACGCCGGCGGUACCGAUACCGACGCCGAUGCCAGCUACAGUGACGACGUCUGAGACGAUCCGAAGGCCCACUGCGCCGCCACAUGACGACGAUGAAGAGACGGACGAUGAGGAAAGGUCAACCGGCCCAUCUCCGUCCGACUCGGCGCCAUGGACAGCGACACGUCCAUCGGCGUAUCCACCGACGUACGUACCUCGCGCGCCGCCCCCGAUGCCGAUGUAUUACCACCGCGAUGCCCCCUCGCCGUACGCGCCAGCUGUGCCGCCUAUGGGUAUAUACGGCUAUGCCCUGCCGAAGUAUGGCGCGCCUGCUUCUCGACCACCGCCGCCAGGGCCCAUGCAUGGCGCUUCGCCAGGCGGCCCUGGCGAUGGACGGUACACGCCUGAAAUGUACCGCACUUCCACGUCACCGAUGCCACGAGCCCCGAUACGUCCUACGCCGAACAUGGGCUACUUUCCGCCUCGACCAGAUCGAUGGCAUUGA